CCCGGCCCGCCGCUGCCCUCCCGCUACAGCGCCAGGGAAGCGGCGGGCGGCGCGGCGGCGGCGGAGGGGAGAAGGAGGCGAAGGCUACACACCCAGCAGCAGGCCGUCCAUGUCAAAGAUGAGGUAGCUUACCUUUGGCCGUUGAAACCAUCAGUUACAGCCUGAAGCAUCAGUUGCAGAUGCAGACAUGGAAACAGCUAUAUCAGGCUCUCAAGUAAAAUAUUGGCUGCACACAGGCAAUGGGAAGAAACAUGCAACUGAUUAGCAGUGUUGUUGCCAUUGAAAUCCUGAAAUGCUUAAUGAGUUGGUCCUGCUUAGCUGUAGUCAACUGUAAAAUAUCAGAAGGAUUAGAGCAGAAGGAGAGGCAUCCCCAGUUCAUGUGACUGGACUUUCUCCCCAUGUACUGAUAAGUGCAGAGCCGUCUUCUUUGUAAGCUAGAAGCAGAAACUGAAACAAUUUCGUGUUGCAAGGCAAAACACAGUUACUGAGGGAACAGUAUGCAUUAGAGGAACCACAGAGACAGAGAGGAUAACAAGGAAUAAUAGAGAAACAGAGAAGGAAGAAGAUGAGGCUUCUUUUAUUUCUAUUAAUUUGCCAGUGUGCCAUAAAGAAUGUCAGUAGUCACAGUGCUUCGAAUCCCAAUAUCAUUUUGCUAGUGGCUGAUGAUCUUGGUAUUGGAGACCUGGGAUGUUACGGAAACAGAACCUUACGAACUCCUAAUAUUGACAGGCUAGCUGAGGAAGGUGUGACACUUACUCAGCAUAUAGCAGCAUCCCCACUGUGUACUCCAAGCAGGGCAGCUUUCCUGACAGGACGGUAUCCUAUCAGAUCAGGAAUGGCUGCCUACUCACGAGUUGGUGUCUUCUUAUUUGCUGCCUCUUCUGGAGGGCUUCCUUUUGAAGAAAUAACUUUUGCAAAACUCCUGAAGCAGAGAGGUUAUUCAACAGCUCUAAUAGGAAAGUGGCAUCUUGGGAUGAACUGUGAAAGCAGUAAUGACUUCUGUCACCACCCCCUCAGUCAUGGAUUUGAUUACUUCUAUGGGCUUUCUGUGACCAAUCUUCGAGACUGCAAACCUGGGCAAGGCAGUGUAUUUUUGAAAGGAACUGAAAAAUCCAUUGUUACCUCAAUCCAAAUAAUUGGAAUCACUCUAGUCUCUUUGGCAGCAGUGCAUUUUGCUGGCUUCUUCAAAGUACCUUUCCAAGCAUUGGGCUGUUGCUUGUUAAUAACUGCUGUUUUACUUGUGGUUUUGCUUUUUUUCUUUUAUAAUUUUCGAUACCUGAACUGCUUCUUAAUGAGGAACCAUCAGAUUAUCCAGCAGCCACUGUCCUAUGAGAACCUUACUCAGAGACUGACAAAAGAAGCUGUACAGUUUAUACAAAGGAACACAGAUGCACCAUUUCUUCUUGUCUUGUCUUAUCUUCAUGUCCAUACUGCUCUGCAUGCAUCAAAAAAUUUCACAGGAAAAAGCAAGCAUGGCUUAUAUGGAGAUGCAGUGGAGGAAAUGGACUGGAGUGUAGGACAGAUUCUGGAUGCUUUGGAGAAAAGCAAUCUGAACAAUAAAACUCUUGUAUACUUUACAUCUGACCAAGGGGCUCAUAUUGAAGAAAUCUCUAGUACUGGAGAAGUCCAUGGAGGGUAUAAUGGCAUUUAUAAAGGUGGGAAAUCAACAAACUGGGAAGGAGGUAUUCGUGUGCCAGGACUUCUCCUUUGGCCUGGAGUGAUACAGGCUGGUACCUAUAUUGGUGAGCCAACAAGUAACAUGGAUAUAUUUCCUACUGUCAUCAAGCUUGCGGGAGCACAGUUACCCUAUGACAGAAUUAUUGAUGGACAUGAUCUGAUGCCUUUGCUUCAAGGAACAAUUAUCCGAUCCAAGCAUGAAUUUCUCUUCCAUUACUGUAAUGCACAUUUAAAUGCAGUGCGCUGGCAUCCAGGAAACAGUGAAUCUAUUUGGAAAGUCUUCUUCUUCACUCCAAACUUUAAUCCGGAAGACUCCAAUGGUUGCUAUGAUUCUCAUGUUUGUUUUUGUUAUGGAAGUUUCAUCACACGCCAUGAUCCCCCACUACUCUUCGAUCUCUCCAGAGACCCUGAAGAGAAAGUACCGCUGACUCCAGAAACGGAGAGUCGUUUUUAUGAAAUCCUCCAUGUCAUAUUGCAAGCAGUAGAUAACCACACCAAAUCAUUGCACGCUGUCCCGGACCAGUUAUCAUGGGACAACCUUCUUUGGAAGCCGUGGCUCCAGCCGUGUUGCUCAUCACUCUUUCAGUCUUGUUACUGUGACUAUGAGUCAGAAGAAAAUCUGCCAGAGGUGCAUUUUGGAUAAACGAGCUGCAGCUCUGUUUACAGAAACUGGAACAAAAAUAGAUAUCUCAAGUCAAACCACUGCAGUACUAACCUUUAUAAUGAAAUUACAGGGUUUUAUUAUGUAUUAUUAUGUUUAUGUGACUAGUUUGAUAACUGUACGCAGAAAAGGAAUAGAUUUGUACCAGUAUCUCUAUCACCAUGCAGCAUCGAUCUAAAAUAAUAAAUAGAUUGCAAUCUAACACUACAUGUGCCAUGCAAACAUAAAGAGUUGUACAGUAGGGGGUCUUGCACUCACAUUGAAAAUGGUAUUCCCUAACAAAUGCCCUUUUGCAUGACACAAUCUUUAUUUCAGAAAGAGAGAAAUCACUUCCAGUGUGUCAGUGGUGUGCUUCAGUGUGCACCAGAAGUCUCCAGAUGUAGAUGCUAGCCAAAUUCAUACAGCUCCUGCUUCCAGUCACUAAUAUAGACACACUUUUAGACUCUUAUUUGCCAAAUGAAAGAUUUAGUCCAAGUGUGAACUAUGAAUUCCAAAUUCACACUAUACUAUAACAGUAUAUUUCAGUAUCUACAUACCAUACUUAUUCUUCCACGGAUGAGUGCAAGCUGCAUCUUGAAUACAUAAAAUCAAGAAUCUUACUUUAAAUAUUUUUUGCCAUCUUUUAAGCUAUCCAGAUAGGAUCUACUAUUUUCUGAGAAUAAAUUUGAUCUUGAGUGCUUAAAUUUUCCCAAAGCCAAACAUAACUGUCUCUGAGUUCUUAGCAAGGCCUUGGGAAAUCUACAGUACUUCAGGGCUAAUUUCUGUAUCCAUUUUUAUCUGCAUCUUAUUCAGUCACAUUUUCUUUCCACUCUACAGCCAGGCAAACUAUUUUCUUUGGCAGAUUGUACAAGAAGGAGAACACAUCAGCAAAAUACUAAAAUGAUUUGAUGCCUGAGUAAUAGAAGAUGACUUGUUCCUUGACAGAAAAAAAUGGUUAAUUCUAGCAUUAUAAUGUAUUAAAAUCAGUUAGUUAGUAUUAGCACAUCCCUAAUGUAAAAAUGAUCUUGGUUGAUAAUAAUGCAAUAGCUUCAGUCAGCCGGCAUUAAGAUUUUGACUCAGUUCUUGGGAGCCGUUAAAGGCUGUCCUGUAAAAAUGUACUGUGAUAUAUGAUAUAUUCCUCUCUGAAAAAUCUAUGCUUGAUUUGAUUUUUUCUGCUGCAAUUUCAUUCAAAAUUUCAUUCUUAACUGUCUCCAAAUGUCUGUCCUGGGAAGUGAUGCACUCUUUCCUUGAAGUCCUAUUUCUGAUGUUCUACCUCAUGUUUAUGAUUAUGCAUCUUUACUUAAGUAUGUGCUCUGCAAGCUGUCUGCAGAUGGCAAAAUCGUGUGUCUGCUGAAAAAAUUAUACAGUUUGGAUAUUUCCCUGAUCACCUCUCAGGACUAGCUGGAAAGCUGUCAGAUGGCCAUUCAUUCAGCAUAAUUCCCUCUUUGCUUUAUUUAAUUACUGAAUAUACAACAUAAGUUUAGAAAUGGAGAUGCCUGCAGUUUCAUCACAGGUACUCUUCUGCGUUGCUCUGUGGCUGCCUCUCUACUUCAAGGCAGGAUCCACACAGCCUAAUUUUGUCUUUGCCGCUAUUCAGACCAAGCAGCCACUGGAGCAUAGUGCUGGUCCUUCUGUGCCAGCAGCCCUGCUGCCUGUAGGCACCAGGAGACCGAUGUGAGCUGCACCCCAGAGGCAGCCCGAGCUGUGGUCGGGGUGCAGGUUGCCUGGGCACUGAGCUGGAGGUGGGGCUGCUUUCUCCAGAUCUCACAGUUCAGGUGCAGCUUGCAUAAACUUUUCAAGCAAAGAGUCCUGCUGAAUCACAUAGGCAAAAAUACAUUUGUUAAUUAUACAGCAGGAAUUCAAAUGAGGUGUUUUAUGCCGUUGGAUUGUUUUUUCCUCCCACAGUUGCUUGGCUGGGACUUUGACAGAGAUCUCAGUGGAUAUUCUUAAGAACAUCCCCAUCUACUUCUUUUCCUUAGGAAGCUGCUACGUUACUAUUAUUUCUUUUCUUUCUGCAGCUGCAAUAAUUGUUUGUUCUGUUAGGCACAGCAGCUAGUCUGUGCCGCUUGACUAAGAUAUCAAAAAUGGUAUUUUUUCUACUCUUCUGAUUUCUUCCUGGCUGACUAUAGCUUAUUUUUUUUAAGCCCUCCUUUGAUUUUGACAUCAUCUCUCUAUUUUCUUUUCUAAAAUUGUUCUCACCCCUCAAAUACUUUUUAACCUAUAUCUUCAGACCUACCAUUUGCCUGGCAUAUUAAUCACUAUGGCUAUUUUGCUGCUAAUCAGUCAAAGAAUAAAAAUUGUUCUUUGUGAAAAUACAUGCUUUUUAGAACUCCUUACUCUCCUAACUUCCUACUUAUUCCUACUUGAGAUCUAACAAGAAUCAAGAGUGCAUUAUGGAAUCAAAGAUAUUAAAACACACCCAGGACACCAUUAAUAAUAUGUUCUUUCUUUUUUUUUUUCUUUUUUUCUUUUUCUUUUUCUUUUUUUUUUUUGUGGCACAAAUUCAUAUUUAUUAAAAUAUAAUUUAAUGCAGUAAUUAAUAUUUUGAAGUAAUCAAU